AUGCUCAUCGAUCCCAUUCGCAUCUUGUCCGUUCGGUGUGAACAUGGCAACGCUUUCGGAGUCAGCAUAGAUCGACCUAGGUUGUCAUGGUCAUUCUGCGGAGACGUACCCGAAUGGAAGCAAGUCGCAUAUGAGAUCGAGAUUCAGCGGCCUCUCCCUCGGGGCACCCACCGCUAUCAUAUAGACUCGGCAGAAUCGGUCCUCUGCCCUUGGCCGCAAGGAGAGCCUAGUUUGGCUAGCGGGGAAGCCGUCGACGUGCAAGUGAGAGCGUUCGGGAAGGACGGGUCGGUUACUCCUUGGUCAACCAAUCUCGAGAUCGAGACCAGCUUACUUCAGCGGUCCGACUGGUCCUCCGUCGAGAUGAUCUCUUGUCCAGCGCAGGACCCCUUCAUGCCCAAACGCCCUUUCCGCGUACGCAGGUCUUUUCAGCUAGACAACAUUGCUAUCCAGCGAGGAAGGCUGUACAUCACCGCCUGGGGCAUGUACGAGGCCAAGAUCAAUGGACAACGAGUGGGCGAUCAGAUAUAUUCGCCGGGAUGGACCAGUUAUAAGCAUCGGCUCAACUAUCAAGUCUACGACGUGACCUCCAUGCUUCGAGUCGGUUCGAACGAGAUCUCAGCCUAUGUCGGGGAAGGCUGGUUCACAGGGAGACUCGCCUGGGCGGGGAGGCGAAACAUCUUUGGCGAUCGAAAUGGCCUGAUGGCCAAGCUUGUCAUCGAUCAGCAGGCCAAGGCUCAAGUCGUGAUUGCGACCGAUGCAGACUGGCACUGGUCGUAUGGUCCGCUCGUAACGUCCGAGAUUUACGAUGGCGAAGUCUACGACGGCACGUAUUCAGCGAAGUCGCAAGAUGCUUGGAAAAAGGUCGAGUUGCUCGAAUUUCCGAGCAGCACCGCACUGGUGCCCGACCAGGUUCCCAUCCGCGCGACUCAAACGUUGGAUUCGGUCGCCGUCAUGACGACACCUUCAGGCAAGACGGUCGUUGAUUUCGGGCAAAACCUUGUUGGGCGCAUCCAGAUCCAGCCUGAUCUUGCCCUUGCAAGGGACGAUGUUGCGCAGGACCGGCGUUUGACGCUAUCCCACGUCGAGGUUCUAGACGAGAGGGGAGAGAUUGGACAAGGACCUCUGCGAAGUGCCCAGUGUGUCGAUACGAUCAUCGUUGGACAUGGACCCUCAGUCGCAAGCUGGUCGCCCACGUUCAGUUUUCAUGGAUUUCGGUUCGUCCAAGUCGAUGGAUGGCGAGACAUCGUCGGAAGGGACCUUACGAACAAGGAUCUGAAAGCCGUGGUCAUCCACUCGGAUAUGAAGAGGGUCGGUCGUUUCGAGUGUUCGGACGAUCGCUUGCAACGAUUGCACGAGAACGUCGUCUGGAGCAUGAGGGGCAACUUUCUCUCGAUCCCGACCGACUGUCCCCAACGAGAUGAGCGACUCGGAUGGACCGGUGACAUGGCCGUCUUUGGACCGACGGCGUGUUUCUUGUACAACACCACGUCCUUACUCUCUAGCUGGCUCGAGGACGUCGCUUUGGAACAGGACGCCGACUCAAGAAAACGGCCCCCGAUGGUAGUCCCUAACGUACUCGAGCAACACUCUUGCCCUCAUCCGAUCGAGAGUUGUGCAAUCUGGGGCGAUGUCGUGAUCAUGUCACCCAACGACGUGUUUCGUGCUUCUGGAGAUCGACAGGUCCUCGAGAAGCAGUUCCAGAGCAUGAAGGGUUGGCUGGAGCAGGGAGUUCGACGUGGCAAGGACGGUCUUUGGCACGCCGAUACUCACCAGUUCGGGGAUUGGUUGGACCCCAAGGCUCCUCCUGAAGCACCGGAUCAGGGACAGACGGAUGCGCACCUUGUCGCCAACGCUUAUCUAAUCGGAUCUACGAAGAUUUUCUACGAGACCUGCGACCUUUUGGGUCGUGAUGAUUUGAAGGUCAAAUAUCAACAGGACUUCCACGCCAUGCACGCCGCGUUCAGGUCCGCCUAUUUAAGCGCAGAUGCUCGGCUGUCCUCCCAUUCCCAGGCCGCAUACGCGUUGGCUCUUCACUUUGGCAUCUUGGAAGGUGAAGAAGAACGACGAUCGGCAGUUCAGCAUCUGCAAGAGCUCGUCACCGCCGAGGCUUAUCGCGUCAGUACCGGGUUCGCAGCCACUCCGAUCAUCCUCGAAACGCUUGCUGCGGCGGGCCGGACCGAUCUGGCCUACCGUAUGCUGCUCCAGCCCGAAAACCCCGGUUGGUUGUACAUGGUCGGGAAGGGAGCCACGACGAUGUGGGAACGAUGGGAUAGUCUCCUCCCGGACGAUUCCUUGAACCCAGGUGGUAUGACGAGCUUCAACCAUUACGCUCUGGGGUCCGUAGCUGCGUUUUUGCAUCACGUCGUCGGAGGCAUCUCACCCCUCGCGCCCGGCUGGCGUAGGAUCCUCGUGCGACCUCAACCUGGAGGAGGUUUGCGCCAUGCCAAAGCGUCGGUGGAGAGUCCCUAUGGACGGGUCGCUUGUGCGUGGGAGAUCCAGGACGACCAUAACGAGUUGGUGGUCAAUAUCGAAAUCCCACCCAAUACCGAGGCGGACGUCAUCUUGCCCAAUCGAGCCGGGUUCUCGCUGGGUAGCGGGAGGUACACCUAUCGAGUGGACCUCAAAGACUUCGCAAAGACGCAGCAGGAAUAA